UCCGUCCAAUCGGGGUAACCCGAAAAUCGCAGGAAAAAUCACUGAACUAUGAGUGCAGACCUAAACAGAGACUACGAGAUUGGCGAGGAGAUCGGCCGCGGGCGGUUCGGCGUCGUCCACCGCUGCACGUCGCGCUCCACCGGAGAGGCCUUCGCCGUCAAGUCCGUCGACCGCUCCAACCUCGCCGACGACCUCGACCGGGAGCUGGCGGAGAUCGAGCCCAAGCUGGCCCAGCUCGCCGGCGCGGGGAACCCGGGCGUCGUGCAGGUGCACGCCGUCUACGAGGACGACUCGUGGACCCACAUGGUCAUGGACCUCUGCUCCGGCCCGGACCUGCUCGACUGGGUCCGCCUACGCCGCGGCGCGCCCGUGCCGGAGCCCGUCGCCGCGGACAUCGUCGCGCAGCUCGCCCAGGCGCUCGCGCUCUGCCACCGUCGCGGGGUCGCCCACCGCGACGUCAAGCCUGACAACGUCGUCCUGGACGUCGACGACGACGGUGAAAACAGCUCCCCGCGCGCGCGGCUCGCGGACUUCGGGUCGGCCGCGUGGAUCGGCGCCGACGGCGGCCGCGCCGAGGGCCUCGUGGGCACCCCACACUACGUCGCGCCCGAGGUUGUUUCCGGCGGUGACUACGGCGAGAAGGCCGACGUGUGGAGCGCAGGCGUGGUGAUGUAUGUGCUGCUCUCCGGCGGCGCGCUCCCCUUCGGCGGCGAGACGGCGAAGGACGUGCUCUCGGCCGUGACGCGGGGCAGCGUCAGGUUCCCGCCGAGGCUGUUCUCCGGCGUGUCUCCGGCCGCCAAGGACCUGAUGAGGCGGAUGAUGUGCCGCGACGAGUGGCGACGCUUCUCCGCCGAGCAAGUUCUCCGCCACCCGUGGAUCGUGAGCGGCGGAGGAGCCCGGGCGAUGGAGCAGCCAACCUGAACGGCCACCGGAUCCGAGACUCGCCAGAGCAGAUCGAGGCAGAUUUAGACCAUGCCGUCCGUGGGACCCCGGCUCCGCAGAGAAGUAGAGAUAGUCGGCGAUCGAGACGCACCGGCCGACGAUGUCAAUACGGUUUUGUACACAAGGCCGCGCAGAUACAUACGGUAGUAUCGCGCUACGGCAGUAGAUCGAGUGAACCUUAGAAGAAGAGCAGUAGCAGCUCCGCUUGGACCUGUGUUUGUCCAGCUUUUAUCCUUUGUUGUGUGCGAUGCUGCAUGUCAUGAUGGAUGAUGCAGAAGGAGGUUUUGUACAUAUUCUAGCGUGCGUACGUCUUGUACAAACUAAUGGAGUUGGAAUAAUAAGAUGAUCUAUAGCCUAGCUUAUGUGCC